AUGUACAGUCUUACAAACAUUCGAGCGAUUACAAACGGGGAGAUUUGGGACUUCCCAAACUUCAAAUUCGAACCAUUCAAUCCUCUCGACCAGAAGAACGCCCAGAGACUCAUAUCGCAAUACGCCAAAAAGUUGGCCAAGGUAAUUUACUUGACAACCCAUGAUUGCCGACAAGAGGAGAUCGAAGGAUGCCUCCCAAUGGAGAUUGUCCUGCAGGUGUUCGACGCCAAGACCUGGGAAAGAAACUUGAAGGGGAUCCGAGCAGAGCUGCACCGGGCCAUGCUCACAACUGCACUGGCGGAUAAAAUUAUCCCCAGAUGGAAAAAUAGGCCAGAUUACCCGGUGCAGUCAGGGGCAGCCGAGGGCAAGGAGGAGGAGAAGGAGAAGGAAGAGAGGAUGAGGACCUGGGAGAGGUUUGUGCACGAAGACCCGGAUGCAGUAAGAUGGUUCGUGGCCCCAUUGUGGGAGAGCGUCGAUUUUGACGAAAUCUCGUGCGCCGACACUCCCAGGAUGGUGACCCUGCACGAAUGGAUUGCAGCAUGCUUGGUUGCGGCGGUUGAGAAGUCCUUCUCCCUGCAGAGAGGCGCGCGGGACCCAGCCACGGGGAAGAUCAAGGGGGGGAACCAGCCCGCCUUUAUUAUGAACAGGGAAUGGGAGGAAAUGCCAGACCAGGAGCCAUGGAAGACUCGGCUGGCUGGGAUCGCCGUCCCACUGCGCUACAACUUUGGCGGUGGAAACCGUGCGCCCAUGAAGCCCAUGCCGUCGGUAUUCAAUAACUCCGGAUUCGCCCAGACACCGCGCAAGACGUCUGGGGGCGGCCAGAGUCUCCCGGGAUCCAAAGAGAAGAAAAGGAAGAAGGAUAGUCAGAAGGAGCAGGGCCACAAGAGGAGAGUGAGCAGGUCGGGCGGGGUGAUUAGGCAGAACAUCAUUGUCAUGGGAGAGGAGGAGGGGGAGGAGGAGGGGGAGGAGGAGGAGAAGUAG